UCUGGAGAGAACCGUAGCAAUCGUUGCAGUACAGUACACAACUUACUGUAGUAGCGUUCGAACUUCCGUGCGCCGUUAAUCUCGUUGGAACGCGUUACGUCUGUAGUAUAAAUAAAUAUUAUACCUGUUCAUCGGAAUCGUCGUCACCCGUCGUAAUAACAUUCAAUAACAAUAACACUGCAGCUCUUAAUACCAACAAUAUACGAGUGUAAUUUAUGCGUAAAACCCGUGCCGUAUAGAGUGAUGCCGACGAGCAUAUAAUAUAAUAUAUAUACGAUCAUAAGACUCUAAAUUAUAUUAACUUUAUUAAUUACCCGCUGUUAAUUUUUUAUUUUUUUCACGAUGGAAGAAAACGCGGCGGGCCCGAGUACGCCACCCGAACCACCCGUCGUAGUAAACGUCCAAAAACCGUUGAACAAUUCUUCAGUGACGCAGGGAUUUAUAGCUGUAAUAUCGCUGCUUCCGUGCGUGAUUUCCGGGGCCAUUUUGGGAUUUACUGGCGUGUCGAUGUGGAAUUUUCCUCUAACGUAUAGAAAUUCGACUUGGUUUGCUAGUCUGGCCGCUUUGGGCGCGGCAGUGGGAUGCCUGAUCUCGCACAGCUUGAUGAACGCGUUCGGGCCCCGAGGAUCGGUGCUGCUCAGUCACGUGGUCUGCGCCAUCGGUUGGAUGUUGACGUUCAGCAGUUGGACCACCUCUAACCUGCUGGUGGGCCGCACUCUCACCGGCGUGUUUGUGGGCAUCGUGUCGGUGGCGGCCACCGCGCACAGCUCCGAGUGUUUCCCAUCGCGGCCCGCCGCCCGGCCGGUCGUCUACACCGCCAUCGGCGUGUUGUGCGUGUACCUGGCCGGGUCGCUGCUCAGCUACGCGCAGACGGCUGUCGUGUUCACGGUGGCCACCAUCGUGUCGUUCAUUUUCGUCCGGGCGUUUGUGCCCGAGAGUCCGGCCUGGCUGGAGUCCCGUGGCCGCACCGGCGACGCCGAAUACUCCAGACUCAAGUUAAGGGUCCAGCGGCCGGCGGACGCCCGAUCGGUGGAAGACGGCGUGGAACCCUCGACCGGAGACAGAUCCGCGGCGGCCGAUGCCAUCUACCGGCGCCUCCACCAUCCGGAUGUCUACCGGCCGCUACUGGCGCUGGGCCUGCACCUGGCCCUCCAGCAAAUGUCCGGCCCGUUGGUGUUGGUGUCGUACGCCACGCAAAUGGUGGACGACUCGGGCGUGCGCGUGCUCAACAGUCACUUUGUAGCCGCAGUGCUGGCCGCGUUCCUAGUGGCCGGUGCCCUCGUGUCCACCGCCAUGAACCACCGGGAAUCGUCGGCCACGCUCGCGGCCGCCGGCACGCUGACGGCCGGCGUCGUCAUCGCCAUCUACAACCUCGCCCGCCGUCUGUUCCUCAACCGGCUUGGUUCGCAGCUGUUGAGCUUCAUCCCGUUGUUGGGCCUGAUCGUGUUCUCCAUGUCCAGCAGCGUCGGCAUGGUGCCCCACUCGCCCGUCGUGCGGUAUGCCGUCGGCGAGCACGUGGCCCUAGCGUUCGGGUACACCGUCGCCUUCGCCGUCAUCAAGUGCUAUCCGUACGUGCACGCCGCCGUAGGCUGGUGGGUGUUCGCCGUUUUCGCGGUCGCGUCUGCCCUGAACAUCGUUUACGGCGUCCUGAUGUUUUCCGAACCGGAGCCCUCCAAACAGCAGCGAAACACCGCAGCAACCAAACGAUCAUCAGUCGGACCGGCUGUUUAACUAUAUACUUUAUAUAUAUAUAUAUAUAUACCGCCAUGAUCCGUAUAUAUACACCGUUUAAAUAAUAUUUUAUGCUAUUACAUUUUUCCGUACUCUCGAACACGAGAUUUAAGUACGACAUGAGAGAACAAUAUAUAUAGAGCAGUAAACACACUCACACGCAUAGAUAAUGUUUAGGAUUUUAUUAGAAUAUAUUAUAUACAGUAAUUAUUAUUAUGGAAGUGUCACUGACUCUCUAAAGAUUCAUUUCAUAUUAUAAAAUGUGCUUAUAUGCGCCUUCACUUCCUCAUUUUUUUUUUUACGUACUGUACUACUACUGUAGGUACUUAUAUUUUAUUCAAAAGAACGAUUUUAUAUAUUGUACAUUAUAUUUUAUUACCAUUUACUACGUGUAUGACUUUAUAA